GAGCCUAACACUUCCUCCGUGUCGCAACAAUUAAAGUGUAUAGAGCGAAUUCGAUUUUUUUUUGUAUCGUUAAGAUUUUUGACUUUAUACGUGUAUGGUUUUAGAAAUACGAAAGGGGAAAAUUCCGUUCCUCCGGUUUAGGAAGUGUGGCAAUAACCGUCGGACUCGUGUGUUUUCUUUCCGGAGGAUAAUAGAGAAGGGACCGGCUCGAUUUAUGGAGUUUCGAAGAAGAAAUUUGUUGUGAGAGUUUCUCUCGGAACAUUUCUGAACAAAAUGGGGAACUUUGGAGCGUUUUUGAGGAGGACAGCGGUCUUCCUGUUACUGCAGUUGUGUGUGGUGUGCUGUGAUAUAACGGACGGAAACACGGAACACCUGAAGAGAGAGCACUCGUUAAUGAAACCCUACCAAGUGUGUCCAUCAUCUCAGCUUUCUGUCCUCAGUGCUGACCACAGGAACGUGUCUCAAGUUGUCCGCUCAUUGUCUCACCUCAUCUCUGCCUCCAUCCUAGGCCCUGUGUUUGGAAACCAAGAUCAGUAUCUUGGCCUGGCAUUGUUUUUGGAUACCUUCCGCAAUGACCUCCAUGGAAUGGAUCGCUCCUUCCCGUACAUUUCGGCCAUGGUGAACAACGGCUCAGUGAGUUACGACCACGGCAAAGACGGCCGAUCGUCGGAGCUGGGAGGCUGCUCGGCCGAGAUCAGGAACAGAGAGCACGACACGUACCUCGCCAUUCGCUACUCCAAAGGGAGACUCACUGUGAUGGUUGAUGUUGAUGACAAGAAUGAGUGGAAGGAGUGCAUCGACAUCGGAGGAGUUCGUCUUCCUACCGGAUAUUUCUUCGGCGCCUCAGCAGCUACAGGAGAUCUGUCCGGUAAGUCAGGGCUAGAAAGCUACACAAUAACACAUACACGGACAAAACAUUCAUCCACAAAUCACACAAGCGAUCCUGGAUUUUCUUCUCCCUUCACAGACAACAUCGACGAUCCCACCGGAAACUUCCGAGGCACGCCCCUCACUGGCUGGAAGGUCUUUCUGCUUCUGCUGUGCGCUCUGCUGGGAAUCGUGGUGUGCGCCGUGGUGGGGGCUGUCGUCUUUCAAAAGAGACAGGAGAGGAACAAGAGGUUUUACUGAGGAGGGAGAGAAGAAAUAAGAGCCUUCUCAGAGAGGUGUUUGCUGUGGAAUGAACUGUUUCCAGAUGACAGAUUGAGCACAUUCAAUGUGAAUUUUUUUCUAAAGAUUGUACAAAUGUUUAUAUCUCUGAAGCACUGCGUUGGGAGUGGAUUAUGCUAACUUGUGAUGUUAGUUAGAAGGUGCAGAACUAAUGGCGACCAUUAACAGUGACCCUGAUCAAUGCUGUGUCUGUGUUCAUUAAUUGCAGGGUUAGAAUAGACUUGCUGUCCUUUUGAACUCGUGUGAGUUUUUCAGUAUCUUAAGAUUGCGUUACGACCUGCUUAUUGGUUAAACAGUUGUCGUCAGCCCUUUUCAGCUUUCUCUGCUGCAGAUGUGAUGCUACAAAAUGGUAAUUUAGAUCAUUUUUGUCUUCCAAAAUGUUACCUGAUUAUUUAUUGGAACAAGAAAAUAGCUCCACACACAAACAAAACUAGAUAGAACAACAACAUGAAGUGUCAAGUAUCCAAAUGAAAGCAGCAUUAUGCAAGAGUUGAUAUUUAUUGCAAUUUGCAACCCCAAUACACCUACACACUGCUGUUGUAAAUAUGGACAGCUGUACACGUACAUUUGUUGUGAUGCUCGUUUCCGCUUCACAUUAGCAGUCCCCUCGCCCCGGGCCUGAAAUCUUCCUCCUCCAGACGGUCCAAAGCUCCUGUUCUUCCAGUGAAAACACCAACACAACCCCCCCUUCUCUGAAGAGCCAGUCCUGGCAACACGGCUAACUGGGCUAUCUAAGUUACAGUUUAGCUGCUAAGUUAGCGGUUGACUUACUUUAGCUAUGAGAAAAGCUUUCUGUAAAGCUCUGACAGUUCCAGGCCGAGGAGGACAUCAUGUGAAAAUAUAAUACAUUCUCACCAAAAGCAGUGACAUAGUUGGUGGUGCGUGACUAACAGUGUACAGCAUUACCGUUAUCUAAAGGUUACAUAGUGGAAGAACAGGCGUACGGGGCGCAGAGUGGCAACGACAGGCGCCAGUCACCCUAUUACAAGUCAGUGUAGCAUUGAAAGGAUUUUGAAGCUGUAAUUUUAAUGUAGAGGUGUUACAUAAUGUUGCUUUAAGGCAAGAGCAUUCUGUGUUUUAACCCAUGGAGAGAGUUGUAUUUGUACAUUUACCCUUCUGUGUUACUGUCGCUCUCAUUCUGACAUUUAGGAAAAACAUUUUUUAAAUUGAGUUACAAUGCGCUCUCCGCGUAUAUUUUCUAGAGGAUAAAUUAUGGAAAGGGUAUCAAACAAAAGGACUGAGUGCUCAAUUAUCCUAAAGUCUAUUGUUUUAUUUUUAAUUCUCAAUAUGAAAAACCAUAUGUGCCCGUCCACAGCUCAGCAUCAAAGAUUCACCUGUCAGCACUAUCUCUGCGUCAUUGGAUGUUUUUGUUUUUGCUAACACGCUUGCUCAGCUGUGUUACACUCUCUCUGUUCAUACUACCCAAUCUGCUCUUCCGUUUAUUUCAGACUGAUAACGGGAUAAGCACUGGGCCACUUCACUUAAAAUACAGACCACUAGGGCUGCAACACACGACUAUUUAAUCUGUCAAUUUGGUGCUCAGGUAAUCAGUUAUUUUGGUCUAGAGAAUGUCAAACAUUUGAAAAAACAAUUUCCCAAAGACAUAUAUAUUUAAAGUGCUUGUCUUGUCCAACUGACAAAUUGACACCCAAGAAUACCAGGAAAUAUUCAUAUUUUGAGAGGCUGGAACCACAGUUGUUGACAUGGUUGCUUGAUAAACGAUUUAAUGAUAAACUCAUCUUAAAGCGUUUUCAGAUCAAUUUUCUGUCGAUCGAAAAAGUAUUCAUCAACUCAUCAGUUCAGCUCCACUGACAUAAAAAUUUCACACACUGAUUGUAAAACUGAUAUGCAUCAAGCUUUGGGUGUCUUACUACCCAGUCCUACCAAUAUCGCAUACCACAUAGGGGUGUUAGAAAAUGUUGAAAUUUUUUGUAUGACAAUAUUUUGUUUUGUGAUUUUGUAUGGAAUUUUGAGUUUGAACCCCCAACUGUUGGAUAUCAGUGCUGUAAACUGAGGGCUGAUGGUUGCAUAACGAUUUUUUCAAUACCAUGACAGUUUUCGUUAUAAUUAUAAUUUUUUUUUUUUCAAUUGCAAUAUAUCGCCUUGUUUACAGCACCGUAAUAUAUCACAAUAUAUUGAAUCGUAACCCCAGUAUUAAGAUACGUAUUGUAUUGCAAGAUUCUUGCCAAUUCACAGCCCUAAUACCACAUGGGUAGAAAAUGUAGAGCUUUACUAGCAGAUUGGCAAGUUGCUACUGUGUCAUGUCAGAGAUAAAGAGGUUUAGAUUCGGACUGUGAGAGCAAUACGAUAUGUAUCACGAUACAGCGGUUCCCAUUCAAUAUAUUGCAAUACUGUAAGCAAGUAUUGCAUUUCUUUUUUUUUUUUUUUUUAUCUAUUUUUUUGAGAAACGAUGAUAUAAAGAACACACUAUUAUACACAUAAAAUCUGAGUUUUCUUAAGCAACCAGGACAGUGGGAUCUGUGUUUUUGAGAAUCUAUACAAUAUCACAAAAACAAAAUAUCGUGAUACGAUUUUUUUUUUUUUUUCUUCCAUUCCUAUUAUAGAUUGAGUAGCAAUUCAGCAUUGAUAUGAAAAUAUUCUGAUUGUCCUUCAAUCAUUAUCUCUGUAAAGGAAAAUGGUUUAACAGCAUGUUCUUGACAUUCAGAGUAACAUUUUGCAUCAUACUAUUACAUACAUUUCAAAUCUGGCAUAUGAAUGAAGUGAAGCUCUUACUACUUAACCCAACUUCUCCAGAGUUUAAAACAACAGGAUAACGCCACUUAAAAGUGCCCAAGUUGAUGGAUCUUGAAAACUGAACAACCUCAAUCCUUUACGCUGAAAUAUUUGUUUUUUUCUCUUUUCCCUGCAGGUUCUUUUGAGCAGCAUUUUGGGAUUUUAUCCAGAAUAUGCCUUUGUUGUUUUUCUAAGUGUUUGUUUUUGGUUAACUAUGCGAAAUUGUGGUAAAAAGUUCAAUGAAAUUACUCAACAUAAUGAAUAUUAGAAUGAUUAACCGCUACAUAAAACAACUGUGAUUAAUAAAUACGUGCAGUGUUAAUUAUGAAGCUCUUUCAAACUUGCAGAAUAUGAGUUUUUGAACUUUAAAUUAGAUGAAUGGAUAGCUUGAAGGCACAUUUCCACUGGCAGGCAUCUGAUUUCUUUUAAUAUCAUGUUUAUUUGUUGUUGGUUUUACUUCAGCUUCCAUGUCCACACUCUUCCUGUUUGGUUCUGUCCUUCCAUCCAUAAACAACAUGUAACAAAUAUGCUAAAAGUAAAACUAAGGAUUUGAUGACACACUUUUCUUUUUAUAUCGUUGCUGAAAUGCAGAUUGUCUCUUUUUUUUGCUCUUCUGCUUGAAUCAGCGUUUUUAUCACUCUUCCUUUGUUCUUCAAACCGUUCUGUAAUUGUUUCUGCCACUUCAGUCAGUUUUGUGAUGAGACUUGAAGCAGCUCCUCUCAUCAGGAAUAAUGUAUUAAAAUGAAAAAAGAAACAGUC